AUGUAUAGUUGUAUCCGAUCUAUAUCAGUUUCGGGUUGUGGAUGGUGGACCUCCGAGACGAUAGCGGUGGUGACGGGCGCCAACAGGGGAAUCGGGUUUGAGAUUGUGCACCAGCUGGCGUCCCAUGGAUUGACGGUCAUCCUCACGUCUCGUGAGACGGCCGUUGGUGAAGAGGCUGCAAAGGUGCUGCAAGAGGGAGGAUUGAAUGUGGUGUUCCACCAGCUGGAUAUCGUCGACCCUCAGUCGAUCGAGGCUUUUGUCGAGUGGGUCAAGGAAAAAUAUGGGGGCAUAGAUAUAUUGGUAAACAAUGCGGGAGUAAAUUUCAAUGCGGGAUCCGACAACUCUGUGGAGUACGCAGAGAAAGUGAUUGGUACCAACUACUUUGGGACCAAAAAUAUGAUCAAGGCCAUGAUUCCUGUAUUCAGACCUUCGGAUGCAGGUGCACGUAUUGUUAAUCUCAGUUCUCGAUUGGGAAGACUAAACGGGCGACGAAAUAGAAUUGAAAAUGUGGAGCUGAGGAAGAAACUAGAAGACGACGAGUCGCUAACAGAGGAAUUAAUCGACGAGACAAUGAAGACGUUUGUGGAACAAGUGAAGGACGGCACGUGGGUCGAAGGCGGGUGGCCCCACGUUUUUACAGAUUAUUCGCUGUCGAAAUUGGGUGUCAACACUUACACGAGGCUGAUGGCGCGGGUAUUUGCGGAUCGGGCAGAGGGUGAGAAGAUAUACAUAAACUGUUACUGCCCGGGAUGGGUUAGGACGGCAAUGACGAGCUGGGCGGGGCACGUGAGCCCAGAGGAAGGGGCGGACACUGGGGUAUGGCUGGCCCUGCUUCCCGAGCAGUUUGUGACCGGAAAGUUUUUCUCCGAGAGGCGGGAAAUACAUUUUUGA